AUGCGUAUCAGGAACAUGUGGUCGCAACAUAUGGUUGCCGACCUUGAUCCUGAAUUUCGCCGUUACGUGCAGUUGGAUUCGCAAGCUAAUUGUGGCGUGAACUUCACAGUAGAUGAGAUAAGAGUGAUGAUGGACAAGAAGCGGAACAUCCGCAACAUGUCCGUCAUUGCUCACGUAGAUCAUGGAAAGUCAACAUUGACAGACUCCCUGGUUUCAAAAGCUGGUAUUAUUGCCAGUGCUAAAGCUGGAGAGACACGCUUUACUGACACCAGAAAAGAUGAACAGGAACGCUGCAUUACCAUUAAAUCCACAGCCAUCUCUAUGUUCUUUGAACUGGAAGACAAAGACUUGGUAUUUAUUACCAAUCCUGACCAGCGGGAUAAAGGAGAAAAGGGAUUUUUAAUAAAUUUGAUUGAUUCACCUGGACACGUUGAUUUCUCUAGUGAAGUUACUGCAGCUCUCCGUGUUACUGAUGGUGCCCUUGUGGUUGUAGAUUGUGUUUCAGGAGUGUGUGUGCAAACGGAAACUGUGUUGAGACAGGCCAUUGCCGAACGGAUUAAACCAGUUCUUUUUAUGAACAAAAUGGAUCGAGCCUUAUUAGAACUGCAGCUAGAAUCUGAGGAAUUAUAUCAGACUUUCCAGCGUAUUGUGGAGAACGUAAAUGUCAUUAUUGCUACCUACAGUGAUGAUUCAGGCCCCAUGGGUGAAGUUCGUGUUGAUCCUUGCAAGGGAAGUGUUGGAUUUGGAUCAGGGCUUCAUGGAUGGGCUUUCACCCUCAAACAGUUUGCAGAAAUGUAUGCUGAAAAAUUCAAGAUCGAUGUUGUGAAACUUAUGAAAAGGUUGUGGGGUGAAAAUUUCUUCAAUCCCACGACCAAGAAAUGGGCCAAGCAGAAAGAAGAUGAUAACAAGAGAUCGUUCUGCAUGUAUGUUCUGGAUCCUAUUUACAAAGUCUUUAAUUCCAUCAUGAGUUACAAGAAGGAAGAAGCCACUUCCCUCCUGAAGAAACUAAAUAUUGAGUUAAAACCUGAAGAUGCUGAGAAAGAUGGGAAGGCUCUGUUAAAGGUUGUGAUGCGUACUUGGCUGCCUGCUGGAGAAGCUUUACUACAGAUGAUUGCUAUUCAUUUGCCAUCUCCUGUUGUCGCCCAAAAGUAUCGUAUGGAAAUGCUCUAUGAAGGACCCCAUGAUGAUGAAGCUGCUAUUGCUGUGAAGAAUUGUGAUCCCAAUGGACCAUUGAUGAUGUAUGUAUCCAAAAUGGUGCCGACUUCAGAUAAAGGACGCUUCUAUGCCUUUGGCCGUGUGUUUUCUGGAAAGGUUGCCACUGGCAUGAAAGCUCGUAUUAUGGGACCCAACUAUGUGCCUGGGAAGAAGGAAGAUCUCUAUGAAAAAGCUAUCCAGCGUACUAUUCUUAUGAUGGGACGUUAUGUUGAAGCUAUUGAGGAUGUACCAAGUGGUAACAUUUGCGGUCUUGUUGGUGUUGACCAGUUCCUGGUAAAGACUGGCACUAUCACUACAUUCAAAGAUGCCCAUAACAUGCGUGUAAUGAAGUUUAGUGUCUCUCCUGUUGUACGUGUUGCUGUUGAACCAAAAAAUCCAGCUGAUCUCCCAAAACUUGUUGAAGGUCUGAAACGCCUUGCAAAAUCUGAUCCUAUGGUGCAGUGCAUCAUAGAAGAGUCUGGAGAACAUAUUAUUGCUGGUGCUGGAGAACUUCAUUUAGAAAUCUGUUUGAAGGAUUUGGAGGAAGACCAUGCUUGCAUUCCAAUCAAGAAGUCUGAUCCUGUCGUUUCUUACCGUGAGACAGUUUCAGAAGAAUCAGAUCAGAUGUGUUUGUCAAAAUCGCCUAACAAACAUAACAGGUUGUUCAUGAAGGCUGUACCAAUGCCUGAUGGCCUUCCUGAGGACAUCGACAAUGGAGAAGUUAAUCCACGUGAUGAGUUCAAGGCAAGAGCCCGCUACUUAGGAGAAAAGUAUGAUUAUGAUGUGACAGAAGCUCGUAAAAUCUGGAGUUUUGGGCCUGAUGGUACUGGCCCUAAUUUAUUAAUUGAUUGUACAAAAGGAGUGCAGUACCUUAAUGAAAUCAAGGAUUCGGUGGUUGCUGGAUUCCAGUGGGCAACUAAAGAGGGAGUCUUGUCCGAAGAAAAUAUGAGAGCUGUACGCUUCAACAUCUAUGAUGUAACUCUUCAUUCAGAUGCCAUCCACAGAGGUGGUGGCCAAAUCAUUCCAACAACUAGACGAUGCUUGUAUGCCUGUAUCUUGACUGCUCAACCACGACUUAUGGAACCUGUGUACUUGUGUGAAAUCCAAUGCCCAGAGGUGGCUGUUGGUGGAAUUUAUGGUGUGUUGAACAGGAGGAGAGGUCAUGUGUUUGAAGAAAUGCAAGUUGCUGGUACUCCUAUGUUUGUUGUUAAGGCAUACCUGCCUGUAAAUGAAUCAUUUGGUUUCACUGCUGACCUCCGCAGCAACACUGGUGGCCAGGCAUUCCCUCAGUGUGUGUUCGACCACUGGCAAGUCUUACCUGGUGACCCAACUGAAACUGGAAGCAAACCAUUCGCGAUUGUCCAGGACACACGCAAGAGGAAAGGAUUGAAAGAGGGUCUGCCAGAUCUUGCACAGUAUUUGGAUAAAUUGUAAAGAAUGAGUUGUUAGGUGAGGUGUACAAACUAUUUACAAAAAAUAUUCUGCUAAUGUGCCAUUGGGCAACAUUUUUCUUUCAAAGGCUGUUUUUGAGGAUAUUAUGGAUUUACUUUUCCCACUAUCGUGGUAAAUGUGCACUGUGGUUUGCAUCACCACUUUGUUAUUUGCUUGUUGAUGUUAAUAAGAUCUACACAACUAGCUUCUACCCCAUGUGCAGAGGAUUGUGUGCAUGUAAAUGGGUCCCAGAAUAAAAGAUGUGGAGGAAGUUAUAAAGGACUUUGUAUCAAGAAGCCCUGUACCUCUGCAUCACCUCCUUCACAUAUUCCUAAAAUGAGAUUUUACUUUCAGAGGAAAAGGAAUUGCAGGUAGAUUAAAUGAAACUGCAAAUACUUAUUGGUAUAAAGUAAAUGUAUAUUUCAAUGCUGUAAAUUCAUAUGAAAAAGAUGUAUGUGGUUGAGGAAUGUUACUGUAUUCCACUUCCAAAUAAAACACUAAUAUAUAUGUAAAAACACCAGCACCAGUCUUCAUUUUAAAAAGGCCUUAGGCCUUUUUCACAGGUUGGCCGGAUUUAUCCAAUAAAUGGACAAAAUCUCCUUCCAGUUUUUGAGGACCAUCUCCUACUUUUGUUAGGAUGAGAUACUGCAGCAUGCCAGCACUGAGAGGUUGCAUUUCAAGUUUUCCUGUCAAAGACUUAAUAGAAAUUUGUUAGUUCCAGUUUCUACAGGAGACACACAAGUAGGUAGAUGUCCUUCACAUUGCCAGACAUUACAUUAGCACUUCACUAUGUCAGAGUUGGUGUGUAAAUUAACUUAAAAGUGUAAUGGGCAGUGCUACAUCUCUAUUUACAUUUGUACUAUCUCAGAACAGAAUAUACAGGUUAAUCUUUCAACCCCUCUAAAUUUAAAAUAUACCAGAUUGGAAAAGAUUUGCACAACCUUUAACUUCUUUCAUGGUAAAUAGUUUGGAAUAUUAAAACUUAACCAUUUAAAGUCAGAAUUUCAAAGGCCUAGUAUGAUUUGACAUUUUUACUUGCUCCACAUACAUGGGAAAUUGUUUUGUAAUUGCAGCAAAUAAAUUUGUUUAACAAACCUUGUUUUGAAGCCCUAAUACCAAGAAUUAUCUGAACACAAACUGUUUUCUUUUUCAUUUGAUUUUCAGUUAACUCUUAAAGGUAAAAUUUUUUCCAUAGUUUUUGGUAAGGUUGUGCACAUUAAGACUCGUGCAAUAUUACAAAUAAAAAAAAAAAGCAAGACUUGACUUUUUAAGUUUUGGUACAGAGUCCUAAUGGACUUGUAAGGUGACAUACCCUGCUCGC